UUCUUAGUGCUGUUGCAUAAUAACAACAACGAAAAAAAAUGGAUCGCUGGGUGGGAAAAGUAGCAAUUGUGACCGGUUCUAGUUCGGGAAUUGGUGCUGCAAUAGCCGUUGACUUAGCCAAUGCUGGCAUGAUUGUUGUUGGAUUAGCCCGAAGAGUUGAACGAGUCGAAGAACUAAAAUCGAAAGUGAAUUCAACCAUCGGUUCUUUGCAUGCGAUUAAGUGUGAUAUUACGAAAGAAGAUGACAUCAAGAGUGCAUUCAACUGGACCAUCGACACAUUUGGAGGUGUUGAUGUUCUUAUAAACAACGCUGGACUUAUGCGAAAGAUGAAUCUUAUCGACAAAGAUAACACGGCUCUGAUUAGGGAAGUAAUCGAUACGAACAUAAUGGGUGUUGUGUUGUGUACCAGGGAAGCUUACCAGUCAAUGAAAAGCCGAAAUGUUGAUGGACAUGUCAUUCAUAUCAACAGUGUUGGAGGGCAUCAGGUGCCCAACCUUCCGAUUGGUUCGAUGAACAUUUACCCGCCAACAAAAUUCGCUGUAACGGCAAUCACGGAAGUGUUGAGACAAGAGUUCAACAGAGAGGGAACCAAAAUCAAGGUCACGAGCAUCAGUCCGGGUGGUGUGAGGACUGAAAUGAUCGGAAGUACUCCGGAAAUUAUGGAGGCUGCGAAAAAUUGGCCAUUAUUGGACAGUGAAGAUGUAUCACAGGCUGUUCUCUAUGUUUUGGCAACUAAGCCACAUGUGCAGAUACACGAGCUCAUUAUCAAGCCUUUGGGAGAGGUGGUCUGAAAAUUCCGUUCAUUUGGGAGAACCGUUUAAAGUCAAUUUUGCUUCAUACAAUAAACAGAAA